CAAGGAAUCCAGAGGCAUUCCAGGAUUUUAUCGCAACGAUCAAUCAAAAGCUUAAUACGAUUGACCUGGAAUUUAGGAAAAGUCAUGAUGAAACUGACGGAAAAGCAGUCUGGGCCUUGGUUAAUACUAAAGGUGAUGAGGUCGUAAAAUUAGCUACAGAAUAUUCGCCUAUUGAGAUUGCAUAUUUUAAACAUUUGAUUGAGCUUAUCGUUACCGCAGAUGAUGAAGCAUUUUCGGUUUCAUCAAUCACCGCAUUGAAGGAAGCCUCUAAACUCAAAACGACCAUUACCAAAAACACAGCAGAGAAUCUUUUGCAAAGAUUCGUUGAUGAUAAAUGGUUAAUUUUGUCACAAGGUGGGAGAUAUUCGUUGAGUCAAAGGACAAUUCUCGAAUUGCAAGUUUAUCUAAAAGAAGAAUUUGAGGAUAACCUUAUUGAAUGUACUUUGUGUUAUGAUAUUGUUACCCAGGGUCAACGCUGUGACGUACAACAGUGUAAAUCUCGUCUUCAUCAUCAUUGUGCACGUCGUUAUUUUUCUUCCCAGAAUGAAAAAAUUUGUCCGACCUGUAAAAUUCCAUGGAAGGAUUCUAAUGAGAUUGGAGAGAUGCGAAAUAAUACUGGUGCGAUGAGAUCAAGGAGGAGAGAUAGACGUAUCAAUGAUCAGGAUGACUAUUUGCAAGAUUAUUGUUAA